UACGGGACUGAGGACAGCGCGUACGCGGCUCCCUGUGUAGCCUCGACUACUGAGCAGCAGGGCGCAGGAAAAGUUACGGCAAAGUUCUUCAUUUAAUGCGAUUUGAUUCCACUUUCACCGUUACGACUUUCCCUAAAGCCAUGCAGAGAUGUACAACGGCCACCGUAGCCUAUUCAUGAAAAAACGCGUUUCAUCCUUUCUUGAGAUGAAAUAAAAAAAGUAAACUUUUAUUGUUACGCAUUCGGACAUUUCAGUGAGAGACGAUAUGUGUAAAAGAACACCUCCCUGAGGGAGCGACGAGUUCCUGAAGACGCAGAAGCCUGGUCCAGUUUUCGUCCCUAUUUCUCUUCACAUGAGGGAAAGGAUCCGGCAUCUGUGGAUACAAUGGGGCAGUGUGUAGCCCCCAAUGCAAAGACAAUGCAGCAAGAUGCUACGAGGGACACUCGGAUGUAUGAUAGUGAACUGUGGCUCUACUGCCGAGGAGCCAGAUAAAGACUCGGGCUUCGUCCAUAACAUCACAAGACAUGACAAGAGCGCUGAGAAAUGAGUGAGCUGACGUAUGCAUGACAGCCCCCCCAUCUAUCAACACACAACUCCAACGGUCUCUUUAGUCAAUCCAAGAAUCCCCACUCAUUAUGAAGACCAAGUAUGCCAUCGUCUUCAUCUUUAUCGUGGCCCUGGUCAUCAUCGAGAAGGAGAGCAACAUACUGUCAAGAACUCUCAAUAGGGUGUCCGAUAAGCUGACCCAGAGGCAGACUCCACUGCAGACGUCAUCCAGCCCCAUGUACGAAAACGAAACGACCCAAAAUGCCCUCGCUGACGACCAGGACCCGAGAGAAAGAGCUAUGGGAAACUACAACGCCAGCGACCCACACAAGCACAUCCUGCUCAUGGCCACCACCCGGUCUGGCUCCUCGUUUGUGGGGGAGUUCUUCAACCAGCACGGCGGGAACAUGUUCUACAUGUUCGAGCCCCUCUGGCACAUCGAGCGCAAGCUGGCCGACGCGGCGGAGAGCGGGAACGUCACGGGGUUGACGGAGAUGUACCGGGACGUUCUCCAGGGGCUCUUCCUGUGUGACUUCGGCUCUCUGGAGAGGUACAUCUCGCCGGCUCCCCAGGACCACGUCACCGCAGCGCUGUUCCGCAGAGAGUCCAGUUCGUCGCUCUGUGAAAAGUCGGUGUGCACCCCCUUCGUUAAGGACAUUUUCGAGAGGUACCACUGUAGGACCCGCCGUUGUGGCCCACUCAACCUGACCCUGGCGGCCGAGUCCUGCCUGUCGAAGAAACACCACGCCAUCAAAACCGUGCGCGUGCGGCAGCUGGAGACGCUCCGGCCCCUGGUGGAGGACCCGCGCCUGGACGUCAUGGUGAUCCAGCUGGUCCGAGACCCGCGGGCCGUCCUGGCGUCCCGCAUGGUGGCCUUCUCGGCACAGUACCAGACGUGGAACUCCUGGGCGCAGGAGGGCGACGUGCCCGAAGACGUGGAGCAGGUGAAGCGCUUCAAGGGAACCUGCGACCAGAUCAGGAUGUCGGCGGAGCUGGGCCUGGGUCUGCCCAGCUGGCUGAAGGGACGCUACAUGCUGGUGAGAUACGAGGACAUCGCGCACUUCCCCAUGCAGAAGGCGGAGGAGAUGUACAAGUUCACCGGGAUCCCGUUCAGUCCCCAGGCCAAGAACUGGAUCCUUAAGAACACCCAAACCACCAGGGGGGCGAGCGGGGUCUACUCCACGCAGAAGAACUCCUCGGAGCAGGCGGAGAAGUGGCGGUAUCGCAUCCCCUUCAAGCUAGCCCUGGUGGUGCAGAAGCUGUGUGGACCCGCCAUGAAGAUGUUUGGGUAUAAGUUUGUGGAUAGCGAGACGGCGCUGCUGAACAGGUCCCUGAGUUUGCUGGAGGAGAGACGGUUUGGCUUCUCACAGGAUUGACCCGCGAAGCUAGGACCAAACAGGAUGUAGGACGGUUAGCAACAGGGAAGGAGAUUGAGGUGGAUUUUGUGCGUACCAAGGUGUAGGUAAACAAGGGUCGGAGGAUGAACUGCAUUACUGACUCCGACUGGAUAUUUUUGGAUCGUAUUUAACUUUUCAUUUGACCAUGAAAUGCAAAGAAAUUAAAGCUUUGUCGUUUCGUGCCUCAUGUAAACAUAAGGGAUGUAGUGCACUUGAAGACCAGUUCAUGUUUUAAAUGGGAAACUUGGAAAAAGAAGAUAAGUAUUUAUUGUGAGAUUUUAAGCUCUUUUAUCAGUCUAUAUUUUAUAUGAUUAGGCUUGAGGAGUCGCUUUCAGUGCCGAGUGAAACCGUAACCGCACCGCGACCACCACAUGUCCAAAGCCCUGGAGGCUCUUCGUCGGAGCGGUUAAAUGGUCAGGUAACUCUAUUCGCUUGGAGAUAGUCAGGUUUACCGUACCAAGUUUGAAAUAUUUUUUUUUAAGUCAUACACGAUUCAGGAUGGAUACGUUUGGGUGUACAAUAGAUUACAAGGUUGGUCAGGCGAAAGGGUUAAAAAAGGAAUCCUAAACUUAUACCCAAAGGUAAAAGACAGGUCAAUAUGACGUGAUCUCUACGUCAAUUCCAUUUAUCUGACACCAUAGUGAAUUAAUUUGUAUUAAUGCAGAUGUAUUGGUAGAAAUAUCUUAACGUAGAUUGUAUUGUAAUCAGAGAGCGUUGUCAUUCGACUAAACUAUUGUAUGUUUAAUUGCAACACCUUUCAAGGGACUGAUUGUAAUUUAGUUGUGUAUGUGUGUCUAUGUUUGUGUCGGUGAGUGUUUGAGUAAGAGAUGAAGAAAGGGAGGUUUUAUCGAUGUGCACUAAAAUAGGAUGAUAGUAUAUAGUAACAAUUUUAACAAAUGUUAGAGGUCAGACCAGCGUUAUUCUGCACAGGAACCCGAUACCUAAGCCAUAUACAAAUCUAUAUCCCAGACGUUAUAUUUUCCUAUUCCAAAUAUAGAAUACACACAUCCUAUAACAUUAGGGUAGCCUUUACGUCCAUUGAACUGUAAGAUCUCCGUAAAAUGCAGCUACUGUAUAGCUUGAAGGUGAAUGUAGGUCCUGUCAAGGCCAGCCCUCAGAGCAGCUCUUUUAUGGUAUAUGAAGGUAAGCACUGUGAUUUCCCUUCAAUGGCUGCUUUAUCUUCAGCUUGGCUGAGGCUCCGCCGAAACUGCUGUGCUAGUAUUGCUAUUUGAUAUGUGUGACACGUGAAUACAGUGAGCUUCUACUCCUUGUAGCAUUUUCAAGAACAGCAAGACACUUUAAGCAAGGUUUUCGCAACCACGUAAUCACAAAAGCCUACUGUAUAUGACACUUACUAAUACUGCAAUAACAAUAUCAUAACAGAGAGAGAGAAAGUUGGCGUGAGUCGUCCUUUCCUGUUCCUUUUUUAACCAUUUCCUGACUGUUUCCUUCGUUCGAAAAAAAUUCUAGUCAUCCACCCCAUGAAUAAAGUACUUUGGUGUUCUGUGUGUAGUGUAUAGCACACUUUCAUAAAAGGAUAAUUUGAAGUGUAUGUGUGUAUGUUAUUCCCCAGCUCUGUGAAUUAAGAAAGUUAGCCUACCAAGAAGUGCCCAGUGUGUAGGCCUCAUUCUGUACAUGGGUGUAGUACUGGUACAGUCUCACCGGGGAUCAGUGUUCUGUGUCGUUUAAUGUUCCUCCGCCUAAAGUUGUGUGGGAAAGAGCAGAGGCAAAAAACAGUGCCUCCAUUCAUGCGUGCAUCCAUUCUGUUUCAUUCCCUGCCACCCAGAGUUCACAGCUGUUGUUCUCAGACUCUGUUCCUUAAUGCUAGUCGAUCUCCAUAGCAACAUAGCGUGAUGCAGAUGUUUCCACAAAGUCGUCAUUGGUGACUUGGGAAUUUUCAGACCGGCAACAGCUGCAAAAACCCCAUCAAUAUUUCUACUUCAAGGUUUUAAACUCACACCCACAAUAAUCAUUCACAAUUUGUGCCAUUUCUUUUGGCAUAGGCCUACAUUAUUUUACAAAUUAUAGACCUACAAAUGUACACACAGAAAAGUAUUAGUUGUUAGAUAAUUGGUAAUUUUGUUAGGUUGCAAUAUAAUAUUGUUUGGAUGUACAUCAAUGAUGCUAAUAAUUAGCUUCAAGAUAAAAAUGGCAACAAAACAGAUUAUUUUCGAAUUAUGUUACAGGGUGCUGUUGCCAUGACAACAGCAAAGCAGUUAUCUGUUGCUAGCUAACGGUUUAACAACACAAAUGUUAUAAAGAUGUAAUAGGCCUACAACAAAACAAUACAACCAACAUAUUAGUCGACAUUGUAAUGUUACAUCAUGGUGACUUGAAACCCACCUAAUCGCAAUACACCUCUCCAAAAAUAACAUGGAAGAUAGGUGUGAGAAAUGCCAUGAAACAAAAAUUCUCUGCAAAGUGUAACCCAAACACCUCGGGAAGUAAUGUGUAAUGUGUUGGACCUCAGAGGUGGAGGGGAAAACCAUUUUGUCUAUCUAAGCCACCAUACAGUGGCUUACAGUACUCAUAAGAGAAGGCCUACCUCGAUUUAGUCAUGUGUAAGAUACAAUACAUUGAAACCAGAAUGACCGGAAAAAAGAAGGGUGGCCUUUAUGAGGAGCAAGUUGAUGUCCAUUUUUUAAUAAUUAUCAAGUAACUACCUGUUGUUGUUGUUGUUGUUGUUGUUG